AUGUCUCUUCCUGUUCUCAUCGACCUUACUGAUAAACCUUUUGAUCCAUUUAAUCCUUAUAAUAUUAUUCAAAUUAAACAAACAAAUAAACAAAUUGAUUUAUUUGAUUCUCAUUGGGAAAAAAUAUUAUCAAAAAUACCAAUGAUUAUACAAUGUGGUGAUGAUUAUUUUAAUCAAUGGAUUUCAUUUAUCUCUGAAUUAGAAAAGAUUGCACAAGUUACUCCUAUUUAUGAAGAAAUUCAUUCACUUUAUAAUUCUUUUAAAGAACAUUUUGAAUGUCAGAUAUAUAUAGUAAAUGAAUUAAAAACUUGGAAUCAAGGUAUUAAUGAAAUGUUAUCAAAAUUACAGAAACAAAGAAAAAUUAAUAAAGAAACAUUCAAAAAUAAUGAAAAAGAAUUUUUUAAUUCAUUAAAUAAAAGCAUUAAACAAUAUCCAAAAUAUAAUCAAUUUGAACUUAUUGAACAUAAAAAGAAUUUACAAAAUUCAAUUAUCACAAUGGGAAUUGAACUUAAUAAACAAAUUCAACAAAUGACUCUUAUGACAGAAGAAAAUAUUGUUCAUUUAUUUAAUGUAUAUUCAAAAUAUAUUACUAAUACUGCUAAACGUCAUUUUAAUGAAGAAACUCAAACACCAAAAGUUAAUUCUUUAAUUAUACAAACAAAUACUUUUAGACUAAAUAUGGUUAAUGUAAAAGAUACUAUUCCUAAUCCACAAUCAUUUGGAACAUUUCUUUUUAGAAAAGAACAAUCUAUUCAUGAUAAAAAAUUAUAUUAUAUAUUUAACAAAGAUUUUCUUAUUGGACUAAUUCGUCAUAAUGGUCAAGUGGAAGAAAAAGAUAGAAUUAAUAUUAUUACUACUAAUUUUAAAGCAAAUGAAAAUACAUUAGAAUGUAAUGGAAUAAAUGGUAAAUUUAUUUUAUUUACAUCUUCAAAAGAAGAGGCUUUAGAGUGGCAAGAAUUAAUUGAAAAACAAAAAGAAAAUAUAUUAAAUGGAACAACGCUAUCUCAUAGAGUAAUACAUCCGUUAUUGUCUAAAAUACUUAAACGAAAAGAAAAUAGAUUUUGUGCUGAAUGUGGAUGUGAAAAUCCUCAAUGGAUCUCAGUAAAUCUUGGAAUAGUUUUUUGUAUCAAAUGUAGUGCAAUUCAUCGUAGUUUGGGAGUGGCAUAUAGUAGAGUUAAAAGUACAACAUUGGACAAUAUUGAAGAUUAUGUUGUAAGAAUAUUAGAUAGAUUAGGAAACGAAAAAGUUAAUAAAAUUUAUCAACAACAUUAUAUGAUUUCACCAGAUUCUUCUCUUGAGGAACGGGCAUGUAUCAUUAAAAGAAAAUAUAUUAGAAAACAAUUUAUUAUUCCAAGUGAUGAAAAUUGGACUGAAGUGUGCUUGAACGGAAUAGAAAAUAACUCAAUUGAGGAUAUUGCUCGUGCAUUGGCACAUGUUGUUAUUAGUGAUUUGUAUGGAAGUAAAUUGUUACUAAGUGCUAUCAAAAAGAGAAGAAUCAGUAUCGCUUGUUAUUUAAUAGUAAAUGGAUAUACCCUUAAUGAAGUGGAUGAAGAAGGUAAUACUGCAUUACAUCUUACUGCAAAAGAAGGUAUUAUAGAAAUUGCUGUUGUUCUUAUAAGAUUUAAAUGUGAUUAUACAAUAACAAAUAAAAAAAAUGAAACAGCUUAUGACAUAGCACAAACAAAAGGAAAUGGAUUAGUUUCUUCUUUAAUACGAAUUGCAUCAAGAAAUGAUUUUGAAGAUUUAAACGAAAUUAUUAAUAUCAUAGAAAAUCAUUUAAGUAUUCUCCAAAUGUAA